AUGAAAAGGCUGAGAGGAGUUCGCAUCACGAAGUUCGAGGUCCCUCAGGUGGUGGAGAAUGGGACUUCCACUCCAAUACUACUGGACUGCGAUUACGAGUUCUCGGAAGUGGAAAAUAUGAGCCUGGUCAUCAAGUGGUUUUUGGACGACUUCCUUAAACCAGUGUAUCAAUGGAUACCCGGGCAGAGACCUCAAGUCCUGGGUGUUCUUAAAGGCAGGUUGAAUCUGUCUUAUGUGGCCUCGAGUGACGUCUUCAAGAGACACAGGGCCAUCGAGAUCCUCCAGCCCACAACUGAAUUGAGUGGCACUUAUCGGUGCCAAGUGGAAUCUUUCACCAGUGAGGAUACCAUGGAAGGCACGAUGACCGUUUACUGUGAGAUGAGCGACUCCUCCCUCGAGUUUGUCUCGACUUCAGAGGAGAAAAAUAAAAUCUUUUUCUCUAUAUCUUUAACCCUAAAAGCACCGCCUCGGUGGAUGGAGAUGAGGGGAGAGAAACCAGCAUCAGAUCGAGUGAACGUGUCUUGCAUCGCCGAACGAGUUUUUCCCAAGCCCAAAAUGGAACUAUGGAAGAACGACCUCACUGGCAGGAGUGAGAUGUUGGGGACGAGAACACGGUCAGAAGAGAAGGAAUACUCCUAUGACGUGAUCGUGUGGAAGUUGAUAGAUGACUGGAGCUUAGAGGAGCAAACCAUCUUCGAAUGUCUUCUUCACAUCCCCAAGGUUCAACUUCGGUUGACGAAGAAAAUGAUCUACUAUCCAGGUCCUUUGUUUUACCCACUUUCUCAACCAGGGCUUACGGGGCCGUCAUUGGAGGAAGAAACCAACGAGAUCCCCAUCAAGCAUCGUGAGAGUCCUGACGACGAUGAUCCUUCCAUCGCCAUUCCAGUCGUUGGUCAGGACGGAGGAGUUCAGGUUGCUGAAGCCGAAAUCCAGUUGGUCUUAAUGCUUGUCCUUCUCUUGUCUGCGAUGUGACUCGAUGUCGUUCUUGCACUGUUCCCUUCAUGAAGGAGAAAUCUUUUUUUUUUGGUUUUUGAGGCUCGAUGUUUGGCAUUGUGAUACCUUCCAAUCAUAUUGCGGAAAAUAUACAAUAAAAAAGUUACUUUCGCUA